GUGGAGCAGAGACACACACACAGAGAAAGAGAGAGACGGACAGAGAGCACGAGAGAGUGAGGCUGUUGGCGCAGAGUCGUUUUUGAGAUUGAAACAGGCAAAUAGAGAAACAAAGGGCAAAGAAAGAAGCUCAGAGAAGCAAUGAAAUAAGAGACCAAUCUUUAUUUCAACAUGCGAAUAUAAACAGUUUUUUUUUCUUUUUUUUUUGGUUCUUGCAUUGAUCAAGAGAGAACAAGAAGGAGCUGGGACCUGCAGCUGUCCGUGACCUAAGUGCUCUGAGGUCAAGUUGUUGUGACCUCUGCUUUAGGAUCAACUUCCUGAACUGUCAACAUCAGUAAAGGGAGGUUACAAGUUAAGCCUAAAUUAGACUUCCAGGGGAAGCAUCCAAUUGAACCGGCUUCAUAUACUUUCUGAAGAAGAGAAGUUUGGGGCAAAUAACACUUUUGGACACCUUCAGCAUCCGAGAAGCAUUUUAACAACAAGCAUUAUCAGCUCAACCUCAACAGCAAACACCUUGAGGAAGUCUCCACAGGACUGACCAGUGACUGUCACGCUGUUGCGCCCAAGAUGACAUUCGCCAUGCUGCGCACAGCACCUCCCGCGGGCCGCUUCCUGUACGGCGACAUCGCCCUCCUCUCCGAAGACGAUGAUGAAAAUGGCAGUGAGGGUUCGGGCUCCGAGGAGCGUACCAGCAAUUCCUCCAACACUGCUGCCUUCCGCUUGUCCUCCUCGUCCCCAUCUGCCUUUCACAUCAAGGUGAACAGGAAGAGGAAGCUGUGCGGGGGAGUAGGAGGUGGAGGGAUAGAAGUAGGGGGCAUGGCAGGGAGGCUGGUCCCCCCGGACUCAUCUCCACCUAAGGAAUAUCGCCAGAGGACUGCAGCCAAUGCGCGGGAGAGAGAUCGCACCAAUUCUGUCAACACAGCAUUUACAGCGCUGCGCACACUCAUCCCAACUGAGCCUGCAGACAGGAAGCUGUCAAAGAUCGAGACGCUGCGUUUGGCCAGCAGCUACAUAAGCCAUCUGGGUAAUGUGCUGCUCCUGGGUGAAGGGCUCCAUGACGGACAGCCCUGCCAUGCUCCCUCGCCGCCGUUUUUCCAUGUCAGCUCCUCCCCCAACCGAGGAUCUGACCAAUCAGCGCAGCCCAAGCACAUCUGUACCUUCUGCCUCAGCAACCAGAGGAAAAUGAAUAAAGACAGAGACAGGAAGACUGCCAUAAGAAGCUAACAAUGAGGAUACGAGCCACGUGGAUAAAAUGCUCAUCACUUGCUUACAGCGAUUUUGCAAUUACUGCAACUUGAAGACCAACCAGACUUGUGAUGCAUUUCAAAGACUUUUCAAGGACUUCUGUAGCACUUCCAGGAUCUUUCCAGGAGCAUUUUGACUAAAUUUUGUAUUGCUUUACAGGACCGUUUUAUUUUUAUUUUUUUUUAGAGUUUGAGAGCUUUCCGAUGGCUUCCACAUGCAUACCAAGACCACCAAGAACCUUUUAAUACCACUUAUAAAAGACUUUUGACUGUAUCAGUGACUCUGCUCAGAGUCUACAGAACUUAUGGCACAUGAUCUGAAAACACACAAAACUCAUAAACUUGUAUUCCUCAGAAGCUGUGUGUUAUUAAUGUGUAAACUGAAAUAUAAAUGUAUAUUUAUAUGACAUAACAUUAUAUAAUGAAACUAUGUUAUUUAACAGCCAUAUGACUUUUUUUUUGGACAAACAAUGUGCAUUGUUUUAAGGUACAAACGUUGGCUAUGUGACAUCACAAAAAUA